GAUACAGUCAAACCCAUGUGGCCGGUAGCGACCAUUGAAUCCAAGUCCUCCUUCCUUGGUACUAGAAGUAAUUACCAAACGUGCUUUUUCAUUUCAUUUUCACAUCUAUAUAAAAUCGCUUUUAAUUCCACCGCGCUUUUCCCUUCCAUUAAUCACACCCAACGAAUAUUCCCUUCCCUUCCCUUUUGUUCUUUCCAUUCCCUCUCGCUUUCUCCCCCAUUUCAUUCCAAUCGAAUCAACCAUACGAAUUACAAGAACUCUCAAAUGAAGAACGAUUGGUUACCAUGGAUGGAUUCAGAUCCUGACCUAUUCCCAUUACAACCAUUCCUCAACAAUUUCCUACAAUCCUUUUUACAAAACUCUACAACUUUCUACGUUCCAGGAACUUCCGCAAUCGAAGAGACCUUUGGCCGCGUUUCCAAAUUCGCCGGCGCGGUCUUGUUUUGGGUUUCCGGCGCUGGAUCGAGCGCGUGCGGUGGUUCUCUUCGAUUUGGAGGCGGUUCUGGUAAUGUGAAUAUGAAUAUGAGGGUUAAGCCUGUGAUUGGUAAUAAUGUGGCUGGGUUUGGGUUUCCUUUUGGUUUUAAAUCGAAAAAGAAAUCCUCUGAACGUGUGAGUUUGGGGAAGGUUUCGAGUUUUGUGGUUAAGUUGUUUUGGAGAGAAGCUAAAAGGAUUCAAUCGUAUCCUGUUUUGUCGAUUGCCGCGGCAUUGGUGCCGCCAAUUCAAAACUUGUCAUCAAAUCUACUGUCUGGGCCAUUGCAGGAUACUGAUGAUGUACAAACGCAUGGGGGCAUGGACCAAGUGCCUAAGGACGUUGAACGCCGAGGAUGUCCUCGCCUAUCAAUUUCCGAGUUGAACCUAGCAAACUCUACCGUGGAGGCUAAAACUGGCAUUGAAUUUCCUGUGGUUCUGGAUAAUUUAUCAACUGGAGAGCAGAAUUCCCGCUCUGACUCGGAGGUCCUUGUUGGAACGGGAUCUAGAACCAUGACAAUCGUUAAAAUUAAGUCGUUGAAGAUCUAUGCUUUUGGAUUUUAUGUUCAUCCAAACUCCCUCUGUGAGAAGUUGGGCCCAAAAUAUGCAUCAAUUUCUGCAGAUGAACUGAAUGACCAUAGUGAUUUCUACCAAGAUCUUCUCAGGGAAGAUAUCAGUAUGACUGUUAGGCUCGUCGUAAAUUGCAAAGGGAUGAAAAUUAACAGCGUGAAAAAUGCUUUUGAGAAAUCACUUAGAGCUCGACUAGCUAAGACAAAUCCAUCUGCUGACUUUGAUUGCCUUUGGACAUUUGGUUCAUACUUUACGGAGAAUAUCCCGAUACCAUUGGGAACAGUAAUUGAAUUUAAACGAACAGUUAAUGGGCGUCUGAUUACUGAAAUUGGUGGCAGUUACGUUGGAAGUGUCCAAAGCAAAGAUAUGUGUCGGGCUUUCUUUGACAUGUACAUUGGAGAUAGUCCUGUGUGCGAACAAACCAAGAAAGAGAUUGGCAUGAACAUCGCAAAUAUUAUUAGGAGUUGUUGAAACAAUUCUUUUCCUUUCCAAUUGUCCUGAUUUUUAGAAUGGACAAUUGGAGAAUGGCAUAGCAUCCAAACCUAUAGCAGAAGCAGUUGUUUCAUAAAUUUGAUUUCAAUCUGCCUUAAAAUUGGUCGGAGUUCCUUUUCAAGGUUUGUCCUUUGAAUCAUAGAAAUCAUUAGGAUAGCUCAAGUUAGAUUAUUGUUAGAAGUCUUCUCUGUUCCUAUUGAUGAUGAUACGCAUCUCUUUGAUGCCUCUAUCCUUGUUAGAUGUAUAAUCUUAUUUUUGAGAACGAAAGGCAAAAAAAUACAGAUUAGAAUA